GUAAGUGUAGCUGGCCAGAUGAAACAAUAAAAGAAAUAGCUCAAAAGACCUCAAAACAUCAAGUUUCAAUUAUAUUGUGGCUUGAUGCAACGUUUUUGUUUUCAGUAAUGAAUUUAAUGAACAAUUCUGUUGUUGAUAAUCCACAUGUGUGAGACAUGAUUCCGUGAAAAAAUGAGACUACAAGGGCAUUUUCCAUUUUCAUUAUUUUUUAGGCUAAAAAGGAUCAUGGAAGAAACCUGUUUAAAUGCAACUAAAACAGAUGAUGUUAUUUUCCAUUGUCAAGCUACUAAAUCAAAUACACUCAAUCUUAGUUACCGUAAUUUGGUGGUUUUACCGAAAACCGUGUCCAACUUAAAAUCAGUGAGACAUUUGUUGUUAAACUCUUGCAAUUUACUUAUGCCACCUGCAGAGAUUUCAGAAUUAACUUCUCUUCAAGAAUUGCAUAUAGAAAAUAAUAAAUUAACCAUGUUUCCUCAAGGUAUAAGGAAUGCAACUAGUAUAAAUUGUCUGUGCUUUUCUGGAAAUCCUGUCAGUUGUAUUGCAUCAGAAUUACCGUAUUUACCGAGCUUGACAAGACUAUUUAUGAAUGACACUGCAAUUUCUUAUCUUCCGACGGAGCUUUGUCUGUUAAAGAAUCUAGAAUACUUCAGUGCAAGUGGUAACAAUCUCCACAGCGUUCCGAGUGAAUUUUCUUGUCUUACAAAGCUGAAAUGGGUCAGGUUAUCCAGAAACAGUUUAUCAGCAUUACCAAAACAAUUUCAUAAACUGAAGCAGUUGACAUAUUUAGAUCUCUGUGAAAAUAUGUAUUAUGAGAUUCCACUUGUUUUGACAUCAUUGAGGAAUUUAUCAACAUUAUUAUUAAGGAAUAACAAGUUGUCACAUAUCAGUGAUGAAUACAGCAAGUUUUUAUGUCAACUUGGCAAAUUGGAUAUACGAGUUAAUGAUAUUGUUGAUUUACCAGUUGAGGUCAUGUCCUCUGAAGCGUUGUUUAUGGGAAACAAUGUAACAUGACUUGUACUCUUUUUUUGGGUGUAUAUUAUUGAAUUAUUUUUAUAUUUAUAUAAUAAAUAUAUAUAUAUAUAUA